CCUUGCGGUGCCAAUUCCACCAGUAAUGUCAAUGUUCAAAACAAAAAUUUUGGAUUUUGGAAAAUAAACCAAAUAAAUGAGAAAAGAAUAAAAUAAACAAUAAUUACCACUAGUUAGCCAUCAUUGUUUGGAAAUAAUUUUCCAUUUUGCCAACAAAAUGAUGAACAUUUUGUUGCAACAACAACAGCAGCAGCAGCAUCAACAACAACAGCAACAACAGAAUCCUCAGCAGCAAGUUGUGCAGCAACAAGCCCAACAACAGCAGCCCCAACAGCCUUUUGAUAACAUUUCUAAAAUCAAAUCAUUAGUUGGACCUUUAAGAGAAUCUCUAUCAAAUACUAUUAAAACUGCUGCCCAGACUUUAAACCAAAAUAGUCAAGUUGAUGGUGGUUCACAGAAGGGCAUUGACAUACAAAUACCAAGGUUUGAUAAGAACCUGGAAGAGUUCUAUUCCAUAUGUGAUCAAAUUGAACUACAUUUGAAAACGUCCCUCAAAUGCUUGUCACAGCAGGAGAGCAGCAACCGCUAUUUACCGUUAGCUGUGGCCCCUACUAGGAGCGAAAGCCUCAGCCUCAACGACAACACGCUGACUUACCCCCAAUUUUUGGCCACCGCCAACGCCCAAGUUUCCUAUACCAAAGAGAUCCACGACACGCUGGUGGCGGCUGCCCAAAAUAUUUCGCCCUCAGAUUGACGACACCAGCAUCUCUAUUGAAAAAAAAAAUACUGUUUUACUUUGUUAGCUUAAGUUUUUUUUUACCGUAAUAAUGUACCAGCCUAUAUUAAAGACACAAAAGCACUUUUUAUUUCA